UGCAAUGAGUCGUCACACAUCUGGUGAGCUAAACAAGAGCAGUGCUAAAAGCCGGGUGGGUAAAUUCAAAUCUCUGAAUUAAAAUCAUGGUGAACAAGAGACGAAAUGGAUCCCGAGCCAAUGGCAAUGCUGGUCGAGGAGGAGUUAAAAAAACACAGCAACAGCAGCAGCGCAAGCGAGCACCAGAUAAGGCUCUGAGAGAACCGGCCAUCUUUGCUAAAAAGUCAGGCAGUGCCUCUGACACGCCGCAAGACAAAGUGACUUUAGCUCAGGCUCGCCGUGGCACUCCAGCCCAUCGGCCUGUACGAGUUUAUGCCGAUGGGAUCUUUGACCUCUUCCACUCGGGUCAUGCCCGGGCUCUGAUGCAGGCCAAGAAUUUGUUCCCCAACACAUACUUGAUUGUUGGCGUAUGCAGCGAUGCUCUGACACACCAGUGUAAAGGGUACACAGUGAUGACAGAAGAUGAACGUUAUGAAGCCCUCAUACACUGCCGUUAUGUGGAUGAGGUCGUCCGUGAUGCUCCUUGGACAAUCACUCCAGAAUUCCUUAAAAAACACAGGAUCGACUUUGUGGCACAUGAUGAUAUCCCAUACACCUCUGCUGGAUCAGAUGAUGUCUACAAACAUAUCAAAGAAGCAGGAAUGUUUGUGGCUACUCAAAGAACGGAGGGAAUCUCGACUUCUGACCUCAUCACGCGCAUUGUUCGAGACUAUGACGUCUACGUCAGACGUAACCUCCAGAGAGGUUACACAGCACGGGAACUGAACGUUGGCUUUAUUAAUGAGAAGAAAUAUCGUCUGCAGGAGAAGGUAGACAUAAUGAAGAAGACUGUGAGGACAGUGGAGGAAAAAUCCAAACAUUUAGUUCACCGUGUUGAAGAGAAGAGUCAUGAUCUCAUUCUCAAAUGGGAGGAAAAAUCUCGCGAAUUCAUUGGAAACUUUCUGGAGCUGUUCGGUGCAGAUAAAGCCUGGCACAUGAUUCAGCAGCGAAGUGGGCGUGUCCUUCAAGCUCUGUCUCCCUAUCAGUCUCCCCAUACGUCACCAAGCACCAGCCCCACUAGAGGGCGCUCUACAUCACCGGUCUCCCACUGGCCUGUACUCCGCUUCCACUCACCUCCACCCAAAGCAGCCUCCGUCAGCAGUAGUGAGGGUGGUGAUGAUGAGGAAAUAUAGCUUUCUUUGACUCGCACACACAUUUGUGCGGGCAAAUUGUUUUUUAUACUGUACUUUAUGCAAGGUAGGCUAGAAGAGAUAUGCAAGAAUCCAUACCUCAUAAAUCAGCUCAAGUAAAUUUAGAAAAAUGUGAUUAAUAUAUUGUCAUUUGUGGACACAUUUGAGGGGCAAACUUCCGAUCUCUCUGAUGAAGCCUACAUUGAAGUGACUUAAACACCAAUUCAUCGACUGGGCGCUAGAGGCUGGCUCCAAAAGGGAGUCAAUUCCCAUAGACCUCCAUGUUAAAAUGCCCAACUUACAGCAAAAAUAAUGUUUAUAGCCUGGUAUAAAAAGUAAUUUUGGUCUUUAUGGCUAAUAUUGCCUUUCAUGACAACUGUGAGGGGGCUGAAUUUUGUUAUAACUCAUCCGUUUAAAUUAUAUUAAGCCUUAAAGUUCUGCAUAAUUAUUUGCGUGGCCACUUGAGUGACAGGUGAACUGCCAUUGCUGUAACUAGAGUCGAGCUAGGCGGGCGUGGUUUCAACAACCAGCCACAUCAGCUUCACCCAUGUCCCGCCUCUUUACCCAUUUUCGUUAUACGCGAGUGAUCAAAAAAGUUCUUCACAAACCUAUGGGUGACGUCAGGACACUACAUCCAUAUUUUUUACAGUCUAUGGUUCUGACUGACGUGACGUGUAAAAGCAGUGCCGGUCCUUCCUAUAAGCAAAUUAAACAAGUUGCAUAUGGCCCCCACACCACUAGGGGGCCCCAUUUAUCUCAAAAUAAUGUAAAUACGUUAUACCAAAAUUAUUAUUUCGUUUAAUGUAAAUAAGACGCUAUAAUUGUAAUAAUUUGCAAAUAAGCAGAUUUACGGGGAUUUUUAAAAUAUUUAAUGAUUUCUUUAAAUACUGAUGUACUUGGACAACAUGCAAUACGUGAAAUGACGCAGGAGAAUGAUGUGCUAAGUAUGCACAUACCAUAUGCACGCUAUCCAUCAGAAAAAUCCUGCAAAGGACGUGUAGCAAGGGAACAAGAGUUUGUAAUAUUUUAAAGUCUUGUUAGUAUUUCCAAACGUAUUGUGAUUUUUCAAAAUAACCAAAUUUCCAAAAUGUUUUGUUUGUCCUUUAUGAUAAGUAUUUUUCAGUAAUUAAGUAAGUAAUGUUAUUUAAUAUAGUAAACCACAUUUAUGCA